CGCAGUGCUUUCUGGGAUGGGAACCACGCGGCUUCGUAGAUUUAGGCGGAGGAGUGAGGCGCGGACCUUUUAACCGGAGGUUUAUUAGUUCUCACACUAGGAUCUUGGAAGGUGAUGGAGGUGGCAGCUAAUUGCUCUCUGCGGGUGAAGAGACCUCUGUUGGACCCCCGCUUCGAGGGUUACAAGCUCUCCCUCGAGCCGCUGCCCUGUUACCAGCUGGAGCUUGAUGCAGCUGUGGCAGAAGUAAAACUUCGAGAUGACCAAUAUACACUGGAACACAUGCAUGCUUUUGGGAUGUAUAAUUACCUACACUGUGAUUCAUGGUAUCAAGACAGUGUAUACUACAUUGAUAACCUUGGAAGAAUUAUGAAUUUAACAGUGAUGCUGGACACUGCAUUAGGAAAACCACGAGAGGUAUUUCGACUUCCUACAGAUUUGACAGCAUAUGAUAAUCGCCUUUGUGCAUCUAUGCAUUUUACAUCAUCUACCUUGGUUACCUUGUCAGAUGGGACUGGAAGAUUGUAUGUCAUUGGAACAGGUGAACGUGGAAGUAGUACUUCAGAAAAAUGGGAAAUUGUGUUCAAUGAAGAGCUCGGGAACCCUUUUAUCAUAAUUCACAGUAUCUCUUUGCUAAAAGCUGAAGAACAUUCAGUAGCUGCCCUACUUCUUCGAAUAGAGAAAGACGAGUUGGAUAUGAAAGGAAGUGGUUUCUAUGUUUCUUUGGAAUGGGUCACUGUCAGUAAGAAAACUAAAGAUAAUGUAAAAUAUGAAAUUACUAAGCGUGAUAUUCUUCAUGGAAAGUCAGUACCACAUUACGCUGCUGUUGAGCCCAGUGGGAAUGGUCUAAUGAUUAUUUCCUACAAGUCCUUCAAAUUUGUUCGUAUGAGUCAAGAGUUUGAAGAAAAUACAGAUGAAGACGUGUCAGAGAAAAACAAAGUAGAACCUUUGUAUUACUGGCAACAGACUGAAGAUGAUUUGACAGUAACAAUACAACUUCCAGAAGACAUCUCCAAGGAGGACAUUCAAGUAGGGUUUUUACCUGAUCACAUAAACAUUGUGCUGAAGAAUCUCCAGGUUUUGGAAGGAAAGCUCUACUCAUGUAUUGAUCAUGAAAGUAGUACCUGGAUAAUUAAAGAGAAUAAUAGCUUGGAGAUUUCUUUGAUUAAGAAGAAUGAAGGACUGCCGUGGCCAGAAGUAGUAGUCAAUGAUAGACGAGGAAAACUUCUAAGAGACCCAGCCCAGUGUGCUGCAAUAGCUGAACGUUUGGUGCAUUUGACCUCUGAAGAACUGAAUCCAAAUCCAGAUAAAGAAAAACCUCCUUGUAAUGCUCAAGAGUUAGAAGAAUGUGAUAUUUUCUUUGAGGAGAGUUCCAGUUUAUGCAGAUUUGAUGGCAGUACAUUAAAAUCUACUCAUGUGGUCAAUCUUGGAAGCAACCAGUACCUUUUCUCGGUCAUAGUGGACCCUAAAGAAAUGCCCUGCUUCUGUCUGCGCCACGAUGUUGAUGCCCUGCUCUGGCAGCCACACUCCAGCAAACACGACGACAUGUGGGAGCACAUCGCAACGUUCAAUGCUCUAGGUUAUGUGCAAGCAUCAAAGAGAGACAAAAAGUUUUUCACCUGUGCUCCAAAUUACUCCUACGCAGCCCUUUGUGAGUGCGUCCGACAUGUGUUCAUCUACCGCCAGCCCGCUCCCAUGUCCACCGUGCUGUACAAUAGAAAGGAAGGCAGGCAUGUAGGGCAGGUUGCUAAGCAGCAAGUAGCAAGCUUGGAAACCAAUGAUCCUAUUUUAGGCUUUCAGGCAACGAACGAGAGAUUAUUUGUUCUAACUACCAAAAACCUCUUUUUAAUAAAAGUAAAUACAGAGAAUUGAUUUCUCUAAUAUAUUGGCUUCUCUGUGCUGGAAAAGUAUUCACUGGUAGCUAGUUAUAGUGUAAUUUAUUAAAUUUAAAUAUGUUAAAUAAAAAUCUUAUGACUUUUUUCAUUUUUAAAGAAUAUUAAAAAUGUAUUAAGAGAUUAUGAUUCUCUAAAACAUAGGAAAUGAAGCGUCAGAUUUAGGGAACACUGGCUUCUAUAAAAAAUACAACGAUAAUGUUGGCAAGUACACUUAUUUUUUAAAAACAAAGGCAAGAAUAUCAUCUUUUUUAUGAAAUAUGUAAAGUUAAGUAUUUAAAAAUAUUUGCUGUAUACUGCAUUCAGUUAAUUAGGUUGGCAUAGUCUACCUAUAGAAUAUACUAGGGUAACAGUUAAAAGUGUUGACUAUUACAGAUAUUUAAAUGGACUGUAUAACUGAAUCUGCAUAAAAAGGGAAAUUUCAAAAGUAUAGGUCUAAUAAUGUCUGCUGAGAGACCUUAAUUUUUUAAGUGAAGCAUAGCUUUUUAAUUUUUAUCUAUUUGCUUUAUAACACAAAUUAGGCUCUGCAUUAUUAUUCACUGUUUCAUAACAAACUGCUCCGAAGCUCUGGUUUAAAAACAAGAUCUAUGAAUUUUCAUAGUUCUGUGAGUUGAACAUCUUUGCGCUGCAUGAUCUCUUACCCUCCAGUAGGCUACAGUGGGCUUUUCCCCAUGAUAGUGAGAACAUUCCCAGAGGGCAAGCUCCACUGUGCAAAGGCUCAGCACACCUGUUUCUCCCUCAUCAUUAUAUCUGCUGAUGAUUCAUCGGACAGAGUCAGUCACGUGGGCAGUCAGUGUGAGGGGACUACACGGGGAUACAGACUGCGGGAGGUGUGAUUCAUGUGGGGCCGUUAACAUAGCAGUCUGCCACACAAGGAAAAACGAUAAUAAAUUCUGUUUGUUAAAUAAAUACUAUUUUUUCUGAAAGUUUAAAGAAGAUGAUUCUGUUUAUACAUUAAACUUUUUCACCGUAAAUUUUA